AGUAUUCCUUCUCUCCAUCUGUGCUUCCAUCCUACCUGUAACUGUCCACCUGUAAGGCCGUGGGAAGCUGCUGAGGUUAGAGGCCUGUGAAUCAAUGAAACAUGUCAACCCUACGCUUUGGACAGCAUCUCAUCAAGGCCUCUGCUGUGUUCCUGCAGACAGAGCUGUCCUUCGCUCUGGUCAACAGGAAGCCUGUGGUGCCUGGUCAUGUGUUGGUGUGCCCUCUCAGACCAGUGGAGCGAUUUCAGGAUCUUCAGCCAGAUGAGCUGACAGAUUUAUUCAGCACCACUCAGAGGGUCGCCAAACUGGUGGAGAAACACUUCAAUGCUACCUCACUCACCAUUGCUAUCCAGGAUGGCCCUGAAGCUGGACAAACCGUGAAGCAUGUCCAUGUCCAUGUGCUGCCCAGAAAAGCGGGGGACUUUGAGCGAAAUGACAGCAUCUAUGAUGAGUUGCAGAAGCAUGAUCGAGAAGAUGAGGACAUUCCCUCUAAGUGGAGAUCAGAGGAAGAAAUGGCAGCAGAAGCUUCAGAUUUAAGGAAACAACUCUAGACAUAAAAAAUGGUAAAGGAGAUAAACAACCUAUGCAGUUUAUAUCUUUUAAACUGCAUAGAUAAUAUUAUUGGACUAUGGUCUGGCCUAAAAUAUCUCACCAAUCACUAGAUUGAAUGUCAUUAAGCUUUGUACGGAAAUGUGACACCUCUGGUGUCUGACUUGUAGUGCCAUUAAUAGAUCAGGGUUUUAACGUUUUCUGGAAAUAUUUAAUAAUGAACACUAUUUGUGUAAAGGCAUACAAUUUAAAACAAAAUUAAAUGGUGAGCAGGAAAUGUG